UAGCGGAACGCAUUUCUAACAUCAUUUAGGUAAUAACGUUUUUCGUCUCUACGUCAUUUAAGAACUAACCCUAACGGCAGCAAGUUUCUUUAUUCUCUUUUCUGUUAUAUUGAUGAAUAAGUCCCAUAUGAAUAAGCUUACACGCCAAAUGAAACACCUAAUGAAAUAAAGUGUGUUUAUUAAAUCGUAUUAAGUAGUUAUUUGGUUAUGUGUUACAUGUAGGCUAUUGAACUUACAUAGUAAUGGGGACUUGGUGUGCCUUUUGACAUUUUGCACCAGUCCACCCCUAUUCCUGGAAAUAGUUAUCCAAUGGAUAUAAUGAGUCAUUCCAAAGUAGUGAAAAAGUAGACUGCUCAUAACAAGUCGGCCUAAUUCUCAUGUAUGUAGGCUCGUCUGUGGCUGUCAUGUAUGCUUAUGUAAAUUCAGGAAAAGUAAAGGUAAUUGCUUGCUAUGCUUGUUUUCAGUGGCCCGGGUUGACUGAAAUAAUUGAACAUGUCACUGUGGAUCAUUCUUCCCAUCAGUCUACCAGUCUUCAUCCUAACAGGGAUAUGGGUUGUAUACGCUAUGGCCCUGUACAACCAGCAUGUCUGCCCUUUGAAUAACUGGCUGUACAAUGAUUCAUGUGAGGAGCUGCUUCCACUGCAGAGAGGGCCGGUGCUCUGCUGUACUCUGGAGAACCUACCCCUUAUCAGUAAGAGCGGGACCCUGCCUCCUGAGAGCUGCCUCUUCAGUCUCGUAUGCAGCACAGGGUCCUUCAUGGUGAUGAUGAUUGGCCUGCUGCGCUACGCCCUGGUCAUCGAGCGCCACCAGAACUGCGUGCUGAACACGGCCGGCCUCUGCACCUGCUGGGUGUGCGCCGCCGGCCUCCUCACCGCCGGGAACUUCCAGGUGAGCGACGCAACGCGGUUCAGAGGAACCAUCACAGACUGGGUCUCUCUUCUGUCUGUGUCAGCUGUCAAGCAGAACUAUUGCUAA